AUGGACAAAGCUACAGUGUGGAACACGAUGGACAAAUUUAAAAUUCUAAACCGUUACAUAAAGCGACCGCGGCGCCGGUCGGGAUCCAGCAUCGUAGUGGUGGGAGCUGACGAGGAGAAGAGACCGCCGGAUGACGGGCCAGACAUGCUCACCAUGCUCUCACUGUCUUCAGAUACCGGACCUCACCGCGAGAUGGCGGUGGACGUACCGGACAGUUUCAUCGCGAGAAACAAAACACCUCCGCGCUACCCUCCACCAAGGCCUCCUCAGGUACGCGCCCGAACCAGGGACGAAGAACCUCUCCUAUCAUCAGGCGGUUCAGGAACAUCCUUCGGGAGCAAACAGAGCACCGUUCUCCAAAGUCUGAAUAUAUCAGGUCCGAGUUCUGACGGUUCCGGAAGCUUCAAGAACACUAUCGAGCUCCUUUCACUACCCCAAAGUUCAGAUUCGCUUAGCUUCGGCAGCAAGAAGAGCAAGAACUCCUCCGAAACAACCAAAUGCGAUAUGUUAUCCGAUAGAUCCGAGUCGGUAGCUUCCAACGCCACACACAAUCUGAGCGAUCACAAAAUACAACUCCUGAUAUCGAAUGGCGACGAUUCUCUAUUAGAUUGCAGAGAAGGUGUGACCUAUUCGGCAAGGACAGAUUCGGUUCUGAUCAGAGAAGCCGUCUACGCGUCGUACAAGCUACCGCCAGGUUUCGAUACGACUCCAGUUUUGCUAGGAAGGGAAGUGGCUGUUGAUGUGCCGGACAGUUUUGUUCAGAUUGUGAAAACAACGCCAAAAUAUCCCCCAAGCGAUAGAAAGAGCGUUACGUCACAGCAGAUGAAUGGCACAGCGAAGGGCAUCGCUCCAGCGGUACCACCCAGGGAGGUACCCAGGGACGCACCCCCGAGGCCCCCAGCUCAUGAUGUCACCAAAGAACAGAUGGAGUCUAUCAAGAAAUACCAGGUUUGUUUAAAUUUAAUUUAG